AUGCGGUUCAUCAGUGAUAACCUCCCCGCGGACAGGAGCUCUCUCGGGCCACGAAUCCAGGUCAUAGCAGCUGGUCUCCCUCGAUGUGCCACGUCUUCUUUACAAGCUGGCUUGGAAUCUCCCCACCUGGGGUAUGCCCCGUGUAUGCACAUGGCGCAUGUUCUCCCCCAUCCUGAACGAAGCCAACUUAUACUCGAGGCGAUCCAAGAGAAAGAUACGACACGCCGAAGACGAAUACUUCACAAAAUAUUCGACGGGUAUGAAGCCACGACUGAUUUUCCGGGGUGCUGGUUCAUCGACGACCUCAUGGACAUGUAUCCAGAUGCGGCGAUUGUGUUGAACCAGCGCCAGGACGGCGGCGAAGGAUGGAUGAAGAGCUUCACAAACUCUCUUGGCCUGUAUAUGACGUUCAAGUAUUACGCCAUGUGCUUUCUGUGCACAUCUGACCGUAUUCACUACAAUAUUCACCAGGAAAUGGGGAAACGAUGGGUGAAGAAAUUCGGUGUUGAGUUGGGGCCGGAACUGUACGAUGCCCAUCAGGAUUUUGUGUUGCGGGAGGCCAAGGAGCGUGGUCGAGAGGUUUUGAUCUGGAAGGCACAGGAUGGUUGGGAUCCUCUGUGUAAGUUCCUUGGUAAGGAGACGCCCAAGAGUGAGCCCUUCCCGUGGGUCAAUGAUACGGCGACGAUGAAGGUUCUUCAGAGGAUACUUAUUUCGAGAGGACUUUUGUCUUGGGCCGGCCUUUUGGGCGGUGUGUGUGUUGCUUGCAGGUAUGGGCCUAGUCUUUUUGGACUUGCGUCUGUGAGGCUCGUUAGUAUGUUUGGCUAG